AUGGAUAAUGAACUUGUUCCUGCUACUGACCCGGAAGAAAUUAAAGAUUUUCUCCAUAAUUGUGGGCUAAUACCACUCAAUGAGUACUACGUGCAAGUUAAAAAAAUGCUAAAACGUCAACGACGAACAUCCAAGACUAUUAAUGAACAAAUACAGAGAAAAUUAAUUGAAAAUGGUAUACAUAAAGAUGAUCUAUCAAAAAACAUAUCAUUAUUGUGUCCACGAAAACGAACUUCGUUUUCGCCAGUUAUUACUCGUAAACGAGGAAAAGCAAUUAAAAAACGGACACCUUCUGCUACACAGGUAGCUGCCAUUACGACUACAGUUAUUAAUUCGGCAACGAUUAAUACUAUUGAAAUAUCGACAGAAAAAAUAAAAACUGAGCCGAAUACAUUUGGCGAUGAUCAACCGUUAGAUUUACGUGUACGAACUUAA